ACACAGAGGUGUACUCUUCAGUUUCGAUGGGGAGUGUUGUCCCUAUUUGUGCAUUUCCUGCUUAUUUUCUUUUUCUUAUUGCAAUUUCUAAUCAUUUUUCAUUGAAUUAACUUGUAGGAAUUGCAUGGGCAUGACGCCCUUUUCCAUUUACGUGUUUUUAUUUCUUUUUUCAAUAAGGCAAAAGUCUAAAAAUAAAUAUUACGUAGCAAAAAAAACGUGAGACGUUCAUAGGUAUAUUAUUGGACUUUUUGUGUUGGAAAGGUGGAUCAGUGACUGCUAAACCCUGGAAGAGAUCAUUCAGUAGUGGAGUCUCAUGCCCACACUUAUCACAAUGAGUAGCUAGGAUAACUUCUGGGGAUAGUUCAAGGCGAUUAUUUGCUCUCAGUGACUAUGAACGUCUCUUCCUGCAGCGAUUCUGACGGACUCAGUGGAGGAACCAUGGCUGCAUCCGGUGACCCCACCAUGGAGAACAAUGGAUCAGUUUCGCCCAUUGUUCAGGACUUUGGAUCAUUCGGUGCAUCAGGCAACAACAAUGCUCACGCGUAUGACGCAAUGAAGGAUCAAUUGGAUGAGGCAAUGACUGAAAUUUCGAGCCUUAAGCGUCAGUACAUUGAUAGCAAGAGACGCUGCGAUAGUGCUCAGGAGAGACUUGAGUACUAUCGAGAACAAUAUACAGCUGCAAUGAAUCAAUUGGAGACAGCAGUGCAGGAGAGUAGCUCUCUUCGUGCCAACUUUGCAAAGAGCAACAGCGAGAAGAAUAGAUUGGAGCAGAAGGUACAUCAUUUGGAGAAAAAACUCGCACGUAUAAUUGAAUCCAUGAAACUCGAGAAUGGCAAUAGUCAGACAAUAUGUGCUUUCUUGGAGCAGUACAAUGAGCUGAAGAAAAAGUAUGAGCAGAAUAAGACGGAAUGCGAAAAGUUGGUGAAAGAUGCUGAGUUGUACAAGAAAAAGUGCGAUGAACUCAUCGAUGAGCACAAUAGUUUGGCAAUUGAGAAGGAUGAACUCAAGCACCAGCUACUAAUGGCAAUUCGGCAGCUGGAUAGUGUUCAGCGUGAGCGUGAUGAACGAUCGCAGCAGCUAAAGCACAAUGAUGAUGUCAUCAAAGGGCUCAAUCAGGUGUUGGAGUCAAAGUGCAUUGAACUCAGACGUUCCACAGAGCAGCGUAAUGCAGCUGAGCAGGAAUUAUCGUUGAUUCUGAGUGAAAAGGACACGGUGCUGAAGGAGAAUCAAAAAUUGUCUGAUGAUCUUGUGAUUGUUAUGAAAAAGUCCACAGAAUUUGAGGGACGCUACAAAGAGGAGAAACAGGCUUUGCUGUAUGAGAAUGAACGUCUCAAGAAUGAGUUGGAAGCGUCGCUGCACUACAGAGAAGACCUAUUGAAGGAAUGCGAGAGUUUACGACAAACGUGUAAGGAGCAGACGCUAAAGGCAUCAUCCGGCAGUGGGGAUCAUGUGAAGCAUGCGGAUUUCAAGUCAACCUCCAAUGAGAGUUGGAGCAAAGAGCUGACAGAGGAGAAAGACAAGAUUGCGCAGGAAUUGGAGGCGGCAAAGCAGGAGAAUGAGAUUCUUAGAAAGUCCCUCGAUAAAGCACGCAAUGAAGUGAUAAAAGCUUCCCAGGAUACAGAUUUGGCAAAGAGUAGACGUGACUGGGCUAUUACGGAGCGAGAAAAGAUUGUCCAGGAACGUGACAGUGUGAAAAUUCUUUGUGAUGAAUUACGAAAAGAACGCGACACAGCAAUUUCCGAACUAUUGGCAGCAAUUCGUGAUAGUGAGAACAUCAAGAAGCAAAAGGAUGAAGCUUGUCGGGAAAUUGAGCAGCUGAGGGAACAUCUUGAAGCACAACCACCAGCUCCCAGUCGAAAUAGCGCACGUUGGAGCUGUGCCUCGUACGACGUGGAACCUUUCCGGAAGAUGGAUACAGAGAUUAUUGAUAUUGACAUAAGUGGCUUGCCAACUGAUGGGGAAUUAGGUCUCGUUCUCGACGGUGGUAGGGAUGAUAGUCAGAGUGGGGGCGAUAAUGGGGUGUAUGUGGUGUCUGUUGUCAAGGAUUCCGUCGUUGAUGGAAAGCUAAAGCCAAAUGAUUGCAUUAUCCAAGUGAAUAACCUCGAUUGCACUUCAGUCUCUCGAAGAAUAGUUUUGGAGUCAAUACGCUCUAGCGCUCCAAGGUGCAAGGUUGUUGUGAAGCGGCAGCUCAUGAAUGCCUCGCAUCUCUAUACGGCAACGCUGAAUAUGAAAACGGGACGAUCACACGGGUUGUGCCUUGAAAGUGGAAUUUAUAUUUCAAAAAUUGAGCCCGGUUCUCUUGCAGCCAGGGACAAUAAUUUGGCAAUUGGUGAUCGCAUAAUCAGUAUCAAUAGGAAAGCUCUUGACGCUACCAAAAGUAUUAGCGAUGCUCUCCAGCUACUGGAGGAAACACGCAAUGAUACUCUUGUGUUUGUUGCUCUCAAACAAAUUGGUCAGAUGAACUCCAACAAUCGUGCUCUGAUGUACAAUAAAAUGGUCAAUAUUUGCACACAAACCGAAGAGCCGCCCACGAGACUGAGCGAUAAGGGGGGCACAAAGCGAGGAUCAAUUCCUGUGUCCAACAUGGAAUUUCCAUUUAAGCCAGCUGCAACGCCAACAGCAAAAUCAACGUCCAAAAUUACAGACCUCAUCAAGAUGACAUUCCGCGGGAAGAGCCAAAAGAACUCAGCGGAAGCGGAGGAGACACUGACACAGGAAAAUGAUGCAAUUCUCUUGCUAGAUUCUGUUCUUAAUAGCGAAAAUACCUCCAAAUCCAGUGUUCUCAAGAGAUCAAAGCGAAAGAAGGAAUCCAAGGAGAGCAAGAGCAUGGGAACAUGGCCAAGAGCUAAUGUUAUAGCACAUGAGAAUAUUAGUGGGACAAUCGUGCAGAAUCGUAAGAAGGAACGUCCAGCAUUGACGCUCUUUACCGGUGCCCUUCAGGCCAAGGAAGAAAAGAAUAAUCGCAAAGGGGAGGACUACUUUGAGUCCUGUCCACCGUCGAAAGCUCCGACAACAACUGCAAAAUCAUCAGUAGCAAAUAAUCCGAAUAGGAACUCCAAUCCUAUACCGUACCAUGUUCAAUCUCCACCGCCAAAUAUUCUCAAUCGACACUCUGUCUACCGCAGCAUUGAACAUGAGCCCAUUGUGCCGAUGGGUAGUAGUGGUCUUGGUCCUGGACAAGUACUCAGUGGCUCUGGUGGUGUCAACACAUACGCAAGGGCACCCAAGUAUUUGGAUUUCGAACGCUAUCAACCACACCAUCAUCAUCAUCCCAAUCGAAUGAGCCUCAAUUUAACUCCAUCCGACAAUAGUCUCCUUUACAAUCUCAAUGAGAAGCUCCGCGGUGGGAAUUUGCUACUAAAUCAACAACAGGGUCAGCAGAAUUCUCUGGAUAUUAUUUCGUUGAAAAGCCAAAAUUCCAUCGAUUCAUUUCUUGCUCCCAAAAGUCCUCCAUCUCUGGAUCCUCCCACCAAACCGCCCAGUCGUGAAGCUGUUGAUUACUAUGCCUUGAAAAAGAUGACGCGCAAUGUGUCCAAAUAUCCCAGUGAUAGUGAGAACCUCAGUCCGGACACCGUGGUAGCUGGUGGAAUAAAUGCUGGAAAUACCAGCACUCUUCCUUCCUACUCUCGCUUUCAAUCUAUCAAUGCACCACCAUCGCGAAAUCAAGUGCUCUUCCCAGUUGUUCCCAUUCAUCCGCAUCAUAAUCACGGGUAUAGACACGUGAGCCCUCUGACAUUGCCACCCACAGCACAUUCAACAGAUUCAACGGGACUAUUGGGUGGUGGUGGUAGCAUUCCUGAGAAAUCUGAAUUUGACAGCUAUAUCCCCAGCUACCAUCACUCACAUGGAACAUCAAUUGACUACCAAUACAAUAAACAUCGCUUCCAGGCAACCAAGGAUCGGGAUGAUAUGCAAGCUCCUUACUCGUCAGGUUACGAAGGAGGAACUUUCCCGCGCAAGAAGGAGACACCACGAUUCCGUAUACCAUCGAAUCCGAGUGUUACGAGCAAAGGGAGUGGUGUUAAGAAUAGCACAGGAUCCAUUGAACAUCACGGAAGUGAGCGUGGAUCACCAAUGCCGACAUUUCAAGUUGAGGUCCUAAGUCAUGGGUCAAAUCUCAAUAAACGCAACACCAUGUCGGACUACUGCUACGGGCAGAAGCCUAGUCCUGGUGACUUGAGGAGGGUCACCAUUGACAAGAGUGUGGAACCACUUGGGAUUACGAUUCGAUGCAAUAAUAACGGUGGCGGGAUUUUUGUGUCCACCGUCACGGAGAAUAGCAUCGCUAGCCAAGUGGGCCUACAAACAGGAGAUCAACUGCUGGAAGUGUGUGGACUCAAUAUGCGUUCAGCCACGUAUGAACUGGCAGCGAGUGUACUGCGACAGUGUGGCAACUCCAUGACGAUGCUUGUGCAAUACAAUCCAGACAGUAAGUACGAUCCCGAUGCUGGGCAUAGUACAGAUGAGGAUGAGAAUAUCAGUCUUUCGGGAUCUUCAACACCACGAAAUUCACCAAGUGUAGCCAGGACACUGCAACUGAGGAAUCAGUCAGCAGCAAAGUCCGCCACAACUACUCAGCAGUUGAUACAGCGUGGUAUCUUUCCACCAUCCACUGUGGCGUCUUCGGCUCAAAGCAAAAAAUCACCAUUUAGUGGCCCAACAGCCAGUCCAACGGUGGAAACGAUGAUGAAGCAGUCAGCUGUCUCGGUGGGGGCGAAUGUGUAUCAGGAAGAACCGCGGAUGUUGAUUAUUGAGACAAAGAAGAAAUCCUUGGGGAUUAGUUUUGUGGGCGGCAAUAAGACGGGUAUCUUUGUGCAUCGAGUUCAGAGUGAGUCUUUGGGUGAUAAUGCUGGGAUUCGCGUCGGUGAUCAGAUAUUGGAAUUCAAUAGAGUUGACCUUAGAGCAGCUACAGCCGAGCAAGCUUGGUUAGAAAUUGCAAAGUCUGUGGACAAAGUUUCGGUUGUUGUGCAGCACAACAUGCAAAAAUUCAAUCAAAUUGAUCCCGAUCAGGAGAGUAUUGAUUCGUUGUACAUUAAAGUUGCAUUCGAUCGAACCGGGGAUAUUGGUGAAUCUGAUUUACGUUUCGUAAAGGACGAUGUUCUCUAUGUGGAUAAUACAAUGUUUACGGGAACACCGGGAUUGUGGCGUGCUUGGACACUGGAUGAGUAUGGACAUCGUAUAUCAUGUGGACUUAUUCCAAGUCAAACAAAGGUGGAAGAGGAACAGCGACUACAUCAAGAUACAACGGAUGCCGAUAAUACAUCUAGAAGAAGUACAACAUCCGCCAGACGAUCUUUCUUUAGGCGCAAAAAACAUCAGAGGAGCUCAUCGAGAGAUUCAAAGGAGCUGGCUAGUUUCAGCAAUACACAGCUUAGCUGGUUUUCCGAUUCGGGAAUGCUCAAUGAUGAGACAACAAUUAAUAGUUACAUUCGAAUGGAACGAUUGGACUAUCCAUCUUAUAGGCCUGUUCUGGUGCUAGGACCCUUGGCAGAGUGUGUUGUUGAUAAACUCCAGACGGAUUUUCCGAAAGAGUUUGAACGAUGCAAAUUGCAACCGAUGAAUUGCUCCGAGGAGACCCUCGAGAAGAAUUUACAUAAUAAUGUUUACGUUGACUACAGACGUCGCGGUAACAUCUUCGAGUGCACAACAAUUCAAGCGAUUAAGGAUGUGCGUGAUAAGAAGAGGCACUGUAUUCUGGAUAUUUGCAUUUCGGCCGUUGAUAGAGUUCAGCGAUGUCAAAUUUAUCCGAUUGUGUUGUUGUUGCGCUUCCGAUCGGCCAAGCAAAUUAAGGAAGUUAAGGAUUCACGAUAUUCAACGGACAAAAUUUCUGCAAAGGCAGCUAAGGAGAUGUACGAGCACGCACUCAAGCUCGAGACGGAUUAUGGACAAUUUAUUUCUGCUGUGAUCCCGGCUGGAGUUAAUAUUCAUCACAUGAGCUCCCAAGUGAAAGCUGCUGUUGAGGAUGAGCAAAAGAAAGUUUUGUGGAUACCCUUCUCUACGAACUUAGCGUCGUAGAAACAGACAGAGAGUGCCUUAAAUGGGAAUUAAAUGGCCUUGCUCAAGUCUUCCACAAAAACGUUUUGUUGCAACUCAUUUUAUUUAUGAAACACAGUGGAUUUUUUAUGCAAAAAAAUCCCUUCAAUGCAGGAAUAUAUAUAUUUUUUAAUUAAUUAUUUAGGGUGUGUCUUUAGCUAUUUUUUUUUACUCUGCAUCAUUUUUUUUAUGGUUCUGGGGGUUGUUUUUAUUCACACAGUAUUUUGCUUUAAUGUAUCACACACUACAAAUUGAAAUGACUUUAUACUGAAAAAGAAUUCUAUAAUUUAUUUGGGAAAAAAUGAAGAGACGGGAGAAAUUUUUAUAAGAAGAAAAUUUUAUAUAAAAGUACAUAAAAACUAAAAUAUAUACUGUAUUGAAUUUUUAUUAUCAUAUAAAUGUAUUUACAAGAAUUUUUUUAAAAGAAAAAAAUUUUACAGCUCACUAGCUUAAAGAUACAACAAAUUAAUUUUUAGUAACAUAACAUAUUGAAGAUUUCAAUGCUUUUGAUAAAUAAUUAUUUUUUAUAUCUCUAUGAAUACAUUUAUUUUUUAAAUUUA